AUGGCUCUCGUAGAAUUAACACAUCAACUGAAGAAGCGGACGUUUGCUCAAGCAAUUCUCUUCUUGAUGUCUAUUACAACCAAAUUAAAUUUUGUUCAGUUUGCAACACAUUUUAAGGUUGUGAAUAAUAAGCUAACCAGACUUCCAGAUGAUGUUAUUCCUAGAAUUUUUCCAAACUAUUCAUGCAAUCCAAGAGGGUCAAAUCUUCCUUAGUAUUGCAAAUAUCAGUUGUUAAGAUACAAGUCUUGGAAAAUAGCACAAGAAAAUGCUUGGGAUAAUGAAGAAUCAUCAGAUGAAAACAUGAUAAAUAAAUGACAAGAAUUUCUUCAGACAGCAUAUGCAAAGGAAAAUGUCCCUGACUGGUUUGACAAACUUCAAUCAGUUGUUCAAAACCAACAACAAUCAGAAAAUCUGAAUGCUGACGAACAGCCUGAAAAUACUUGUGAAGAGUGGAUGAUCAUAUCUGAUUUACCAAUGCCUUUCUCUGAUUCUCGCCUAACAAAUGCAGAAAUUGCUUAUGACUGGAACGGUGAUAGGGCUAAUUAUUCUGAGCAACAAAUUGGUGAAAUGCCAGUGUGGAUAAAAAAUAUGAGAGAAGGGAGUGAUCAAGUCUUACAUGAAAACAUAGAUGUUGAUACCUUCAGUGAAAUGCAAGAACUCGCAUACAACAUUGUCAGGUCUCACUUUAAUGACAUAUCUUCAAAUAGAACCCCACUUGUACUCAUUAUUAAUGGAGUAGCAGGUACUGGUAAGAGUUAACUUAUAAAUGCUAUCCGUACACUGCUAACUACCAAAUGUGCAGUCACAGAAACAAGUGGCAAAGCUGCCUUUAAUAUAAAUGGGGUAACAGUGCACUCUCUGUUAAAGUUACCAGUUGGCUGAAGGGGAAAUAAGGAUCUUACAGCCUAGAAUUUAAUUCGAUUGCAAGAAUCGUUACAUAGCAUUGAUUAUAUUAUAAUUGAUGAAUAUUCAAUGCUUGGUCAAGUAACAUUUGGCUGGAUAGAUAGGCGAUUAAAACAAUCAUCUGGACUACAAGAUAAACUGCUUGGUGACAAAUCAGUUAUCUUAUGUGGAGAUCCAGCCCAGCUGCCCCCAGUGGCAGACAAACCACUUUAUCAUGCAAUACCAACCAAUGGUAUUCGUGAACAGGGUUAUCUAACGUAUAAGAUGUUUGAUAAUGUUGUUAAACUCAAUGUUAACCAGUGUGUACCAGGGACAUAA